UCUUGAGAACGAGGUUAAACAUGGCGGCGGUGGCGGCUCUUAGGGGUUUAAAAGAUGUGGCACUUCGUACUAUAGACAACUUGGCGUCUGAACUUUAUGAGCUGAACCAGAAGAUUUGGAAAAAGCCAGAACUUGGUUACCAAGAAAAGUAUGCGCAUGAAGUGUUAACUAAAUUCUUAAGUGAUAAGGGAUUCGAGGUAACACCCCAUCAUACUCUGGAUACGGCAUUCCGAGCAGCCAGUGGUCGAUGUACCAGACGAGUUGUAGGGUUUAUUUGUGAGUACGAUGCUUUACCUGGUAUAGGGCAUGCUUGUGGUCAUAACCUGAUCGCCGAGGUUGGGGUAGGUGCCGCACUGGGUGUGAAGGCAGCACUUGAUGCAAUUAAGCAAGACCUGGGGAAAGUUGUAGUUCUUGGAACUCCAGCAGAAGAAGGUGGUGGAGGCAAAAUUAAAAUGAUUGAAAAUGGUUGCUUUGAGGAAGUAGAUUUUUGUUUGAUGGCUCAUCCUAAAUCUUUUAGCUGUAUUUAUCCAACAUGCUUGGCAAUGCAAGCUGUUCAGGUCACAUAUCAUGGAGUAUCCUCCCAUGCAAGCGCUUUCCCUUGGGAGGGUGUUAAUGCAUUGGAUGCUGCUGUCAUGGCUUAUAAUGCUGUCAGUGUUUUGCGGCAGCAGCUCAAACCAACAUGGCGUCUACAUGGUGUCAUCACAGAUGGAGGAAAUAAGCCAAACAUUAUUCCUGAAAAGGCUUCAUUGGCAUAUUAUGUGAGAACUCCAACUGAGGAAGAAUUAAUGGUUCUUCGUAGCAAAGCACAUAGAUGUUUCGAGUCUGCUGCUCAGGCCACUGGUUGCACUGUGGACAUUCAUUGGGAUUCUAUGUUCUAUUCCAACUUGGCAACCAAUAAACAGCUUGCAGAGCUCUAUGGAGCAAAUGCACAGGACUUUGGCUUAACAUUUCCACCACGUGAAGAACAAGUAAAGGCAUCAUUUGGUUCCACAGACAUGGGAAAUGUGUCACAUGUUAAACCUUCCAUUCACCCAUACUUUGACAUUGAAACAUCUGCUGCAAAUCACACUCAUGAGUUUACUACAGCAUCAGGGAGGACAGAAGCUCAUGAUAGGGCAGUUAUUCAAGCUAAAGUCAUGGCCAUGACAGCAUUAGAUGUGCUGUGUGAUGAUCAGGCCUGGGAAGAAAUUGUGGCUGACUUUGAGAAAGUUCAUGGAAGGAUGAAACCUAGGCUGACAUGAGCUGUAAUGUCUAAACACACAAGAAUCAUUAAUCUUAAAUGUAUUAGCUCAGGAAGUGAUUGAUAGAUAAAAACCUCUUCUAUCUCAGGUCAGCCCAAUUGUAAUGCUGCUGUUAUGAGGGAGGGAAGAGGUAAAAAGAUGAAUUUCGAGAGGAAUUGAGGAAAAUGCGUUUGAUAUGCAAAAAACGAUCGAAACUUUAUGAUAUCAUGAAAUUUGAACAAAAUAAAAUAUAUACUGUGGAUCUAGGAACAGAAUACAAUGCAGGGAAAUAGAGAUAAAUUAUUGUGAAAAGGUCGAAUCAUUACAAUCAUCAUGGGCAUUACCAAUCUGAGGAAUUGCACAACAGCUUUGAUAAAGGAAAUUGUUAACAAUUUUGUCAUAAACUUGGCUUACAUUUUUCCUUUAUGCAUCUUUAGGCAAGCUGGAAAUGAAGUUUGUUCUGUAGGCCAAGUAGGAAAUCUGACAGAUUUCUCUGUUAUUUAUUGUUAGUUUUUUUUAGACCUGACAGUGCACAUCGCAGUAUUGAAACUAUUUAAAACUAAUUAACCAAUAGAAACUUCCCUUGAAAUUAUUCAGUCACAGCAAGUAAUUAAAAAAAAAAAAACAAACAAAAGGUCAUCCACCACAAGGGAGCUCCAGAGAUGUUUUAUGUUUGAUUAAUGCCCUUUUUCUUUACUAGUCACCUACGCUCACUGUGAUGAAACUAAAGGUGAGACAUGCUAGGCAAAUAUGAAUUAGUUAGGAAGCACUAAACAUGUAUACACUGAUGAUGCAAUGAAUAGUUGCACGUUGGUAUAAAAUACUGCAAAAUAAAUAACAUUGGGCUUUAAUGUGGGAAAUUUCCUGUGCCAGUUGAACAAUGGCCUAAAAUGUAAAGUUUUAGUGAAAAUAGUGACAUAAAGUUAGCAAUUGAAACGGAAAUUCUGUUUCUUUCCCGUCAUUAUUAUUAUUAUUGUUAUUAUUAUUAUUAUUUAUCUAUAAAUCUAGUUAAAUUCUUUGAAUUAAUGAGAAAAUAUCAAUCAUUCUUUUGUAAUGUAUUUAGUGACAAAUUCAUAUAAAAAAUUCAUUGUGUAAUUCAUUGUAUAAAUAGGUACUGGAGGGGAUCAGUGGAAACAUUAAGAGUUAUGUUGUGGAAUGUGUAAACGAACGCCUUGUACAGCGAAAGAAACAAAAUAAGACUUAGCAUUACCUGUUGUAGAGGGAAUCUAUCAGGAGGGAGCGAAAUUAUAGAAAAGAAAAAUUAUGUAGA